AUGAGCUCAGGUUCUCGAUCGUCACGCCACGUGUACGUGGCUGCUGCUUCCCACGCUUUCGUCAGCCAAAGUGGAAUAGUUGCGGUUCUCAAGUCUGUCAGAGAACAUGGCUUGCCUGAUGCCAUCAGCCGCCCAACGUUGAAGAGGACCAGGCGACAGGCAAUGCCGGACAUGACGCCGUUAGGCCCCCUGCAUGGCAGCGUCGACCUGCAGACUACAGACGGGGGCAUGGUCAAGUUACCGGUCAUGAACCCGUGGGCUUUGUUGCAUGCCACUUUGGAAAGAUGCGAGUCGUUUCGGGAUUUCUUCGAGGGGGUCAUGGCAUCCUGCAAGAACACGGCAGAGACACCUUUCAAGGUGGCACUCUACUGCGACGAAAUACUCCCAGGAGAUCAACUGAAACCUACAAACCAGCGGAAGCUGGUAGCUUUCUACUGGUCGUUGCUGGAAUUCAAGGGUCAGUUGGGUAGGGAUGGCCUUUGGUGGCAAAUUGCAAUCUGCCGCACAAGCCACGUUAAGCGGAUCGCGGGGCAUUAUUCGCAGAUCUUCAAGCAGAUCUGCAACUUGUUUCAGACCCCUCCCUAUGAUGGCAGGCGUGGGCUGCAACUCCCUUUGAGGGGACCUUGCAAGUUUGGUUUCUUCAAGGUCGGGCUCCUUUUGGCGGAUGAGGCUGCCCUCAAACAAUGCUGGAGCAACAAAGGUUCCUCCGGACUGUUCAUUUGCCUAUUUUGCCAAAAUGUCACCAACCAUCUAUUGAAUGUGGCAGUUCACGACAAAUCUGACUGGUUGGUGCCAAGUUCCGUUUGCAGCCUGGACCGAUGUGUCCUGCACACUGAUGAAUCAGUUAUGGCAGCUGUCAGGAAGCUUAAGUCGGACAGGCCUGGCAUGGGGAAGGGCGCCUUUGAAGAGCUAGAAAAAUCAUUAGGUCUGACGUUUGCGCCGGAAGGGGCGCUCUUCGAUGAGGACUUCAUGAGCUCUAUUCCUGGAGUUGUUUCCAUGACGUCAUUUGACUGGAUGCACGUUUACCUCGUCAAUGGUUUGUGGAAUUCCGAGGUACCUCUCCUGAUCGACAAGGUGAAACAAGAGCAUGCAAUGGGGCUCUUGGACUUUGUUGUUUAUUUGAAGAGCCUGUCAUGGCCCAAGAAGGUUUCCUCAAGAGGGACUAGUGGCGUCAGGGCAGUUGAGAAGCUGAAGGAUGGACAGCUAUCAUGUUCGGCUAGUGAGGGUCUGUCCCUCUACCCAACACUUCGGGCCUUUCUGAUGACUCAAGUCCCGCAAUCUGUUGGAGCAGCGGCCAAGGCCGUCCACAGCUAUUAUUGUUUAGCUGCCGCGUUGGAUCUUCUGCAGAGAACCCGAUCCGAGAGCGAACUGCGGCAAGCCAUUGAGGCGCACUUGGCUGCCCGAUUGGAUUCAUACGGGCCUAGACACAUGCAGCCCAAAGCUCACUAUGCUUUGCACCUUCCCCUGAUUCUACAAAGGGACGGUUUGCUAACAAGCUGCUGGGUUCACGAGAGAAAACACAGAUGCUUGAAACGACAUGGGAACCAAAGCACAAAUUGCAACACCAGACUUUCUUGGGGGAAUGGUAUCCUGGAAGAAGUUGUUUUAUCCCAGCUUUUGGAAACGGAAGAGUGGGAUUGCAAGGCAGGGGUAGUGCUUACCAGUGCCCAGAAAGCUUCUGAUGCCUUGACCCAUGCGGUGAAACACGCCCUUGGACGAAAUAUGGAUUCAUCCUUCGAAGUUUUUGUGUCGCAAGACGCUCUUUGCAACUACGAAAGCAUCAGCCGUGGAGACGCAGCUAAGACCAGCUCACAUGUUGUUGAGGUUUGGUUCCACUUGCGAGUCGUGUCAGACAGCAGUGGCGAGUCUUUUCACUCUGUCGUCUCCAAAUGGAAGUCCGUGGGGCCCAAUCAGUUCAAAAUUACUGAUGUCCCAGAGUUGGUGAUGCUCAUGCACCAUGUGGUCCUGGACGAUCGAGCCUGGGUCGAUCAGCAUACCGCUACACUGAAGCGAGCCAACGUUGAAGGCCCUGCGCAGGCCGACGAUGAUGACCCUCCUGAAGAGAAGAAGGAUGACAAGGUGACCACCAACAUGGAAGAGGACCUGGAGAUUCCUGAAGGCGCAACUCCGAGCGUGGCCUUGGAUGUCCAGAAAUGCCUCCAGCUUCAAGAGACCGUGGAGCUUCGAGCACCUACGGAUCGAGCAAACCUUUUCUAUGUUGUAUGUCAUCGUCCAAAGGCGGCCGCAGAUGUGCUCGAGCUGGUGCUGAGCACCAUCCGAAAGUUUCCGCAAGGAACGCCGGGGUUGGUCUACUGCAUCACCAGGAAGGAGGCUGAGAGCCUGCGAGAAGGCUUGUCAGAGCAUGUGCGCUGUGCCUUCUACCAUGGAGAUUUGAGCGCAGACCUUCGCCAAAAGGUGCACUCGGCUUGGGUGGAGGGAGAGGUCAAUGUGGUCGUGGCAACUGUGGCGUUUGGCAUGGGGAUCAACAAGGGAGACGUGCGCUUUGUCAUUCACGCCGGCUUGCCAGCGUCCCUCCACCAUUACUACCAAGAGUCGGGCCGCGCUGGCCGAGACGGGAAGCCAGCACUUUGCUUAUUGCUCUACCGGCCCAGCGACGUUGCCCGACACAGUGUGAUGAAUUACUACAAGCCAGCAUCCUUGCGUGAAAUCUAUGGUGCAGCAAUGUAUUGUCAGCGACCAAAAUGCCGCCGAGCCCAGAUCUCGAAGCACUUCGGGGAGCCGAUCCCGGCUUGCUUUGCCUGCGACGUUUGCACGCUGGAGGUGCCUCCGAAGCGUCAAAAAACGCGCAGCGGCAGCGCGCCUCCAGAGGCCUGGCGUGCUGCGUGCCAGGCAGCUGUGGCGGUGAGAGGACAAGAGGAGCAGUUGACGCUGGCAAAACUUUGCGACAGAGUUCAGAAAACAUGCAAAUGGAAAGGCGAGGCAGCGACCGAGGAUGCUAUGUAUGUUUGCAUGUCUUUGCUUGGGACUGGAUACCUUCGGGAAGAGUUUCGGCACUCGCCCUAUGCCACCAACGCAUAUUUAGUUGGAACGCCUUGUGCGGAUCGCGUCCUUGAGGGGGAGCAGGUCCGCACAGAAACGUUGGAGCUUGGACUGCCCCACGAAUUGCUGCGCAGCGCUGUGGAUCCAGGCCCGGCGGCUCGGGCAGCAGAAGAGGCCUCCCAGUUGCGCAAAGCCAGUGACGAGGACACGAACCUGCGGCUUCGGCGCUUGCGAAAGCUGCGGGCACAGCUGGGAAAGUCACCUGGUGCGGCAAACCAAUAGGAGAUAUGAGUCGCAAUCUUCUGUCAUGUUUUGUAUUUUGCUGGAAGGACUCCUGAAAUUAGAUGCGAAGUGAAGAUUACUGCCAGUUGUUGAAGUCGAGACGUGUUUUUUGCAAAUAGCAGAUAGAAGGUGAUGAGCAAGCCAGGAAGUCGAUACACUAUAGCGUUUCCUUGCAGGAUAGAGUGUGUUGGAAGAUGUUUUCUAAAUGCAUGGUUUUAUUCAAUGGGCUUGGUUUACUCAGCGUUCACAGUGUUUUGAUUGCACAAGACCUACCGCAAGGAAGUUGGCAGGCAACCCAUAGGUUGUUUCUAGAGGUUUCUAUAGGCAG